AUGGAGCCCCAACCCAGUGAACCCAACACCGCCGCCAUCCAAAGCGUGCAGCGCCGCCGAGGCUCGGUCGGUACCUCGCAACUUUUCGAUAACAUCGUUUCCACAUCCAAUUUCGACAGAGAUGAAGUGGACCGCCUGCGCAAACGUUUCAUGAAGCUGGAUAAGGAUGCUUCCGGCACGAUUGACCGUGACGAAUUCCUUUCCCUGCCGCAGAUUUCUUCCAACCCGCUGGCCACGAGAAUGAUUGCGAUUUUCGACGAGGAUGGUGGCGGCGACGUGGAUUUCCAAGAAUUCGUAACUGGACUGUCGGCAUUUAGUUCCAAGGGCAAUAAGGAAGAGAAGCUCCGCUUUGCCUUCCGCGUGUACGAUAUCGACCGCGACGGUUAUAUCUCCAACGGCGAGCUGUUCAUUGUGCUAAAGAUGAUGGUUGGCAACAACCUGAAGGAUAUCCAGCUCCAGCAGAUUGUGGAUAAGACCAUCAUGGAGGCCGACAAGGAUGGUGACGGCCGUAUCAGCUUUGAGGAGUUUACUGAGAUGGUAGAGAGCACUGAUGUGAAUCUCAGCAUGACUCUCAGCACGUUC